AUGAAACAGUCUCAAAACGGCUCUCGCCGUGAAGACAACCAGCACACGACACAAACCUCUUGGUGGGAUUUGGCAUCGGGUUUGGUGGCGGAGUUGGUAUGGGGGUUGGUAUCGGUGGCGGGUGCGGUGUGUUGGAGCUUUGAGUGCGUACGGGGAGAACGGGGGGGGGUGCAGAAGGAGAUGUUGGAGGGAAUGGAGAAAGAGGGGAUGGAGAAGAAGAAGGAGAAGAAGAAGGAGAAGAAGAAGGAGAAGAAGAAGGAGAAGAAGAAGGAGAAGAGAGAAGAAGAAGGAGAAGAAGAAGGAGAAGGAGAAGAAGAAGAAGAAGAAGAAGAAGAAGAAGAAGAAGAAGAAGAAGAACCAGCACCGCGUAGAUAG